GGUUGCGCGCGUUCUAACACACCGCUGACAUGCUCGUUCGUAAGACGUUCCGCCUACGAUAAUACGAUAUCUUGUGACCCCUGUUUCGUGGCUUAUUUACGAAUUUUUGAAUAUCGAUUAGCUGUUUUAUUUUUUAUUUUCUUAUCUGUGAGUGCCAGUGUCUUUCGGAAUUUUCGAACGUGAUUCGCGGAUGGCCACCAGAAUGAGGCGGCUCAGUUUGCAUCUGCGGACUGUUUUAUUGUUAAUAUGGACUUUAGCUCGCGGCGGAGACGGAUACAGCUGCCCAUACGGACAACACUGCGCCUUCGAGCCUGCGCCCCCCGGGCGGAAUCCGCCUUGUGCCCAACCAGGCCUCACAUACUGUUUACAUCCGGAACCAUAUCCUGAGAAAGUAAUCCGACAGCUAAUAGACGCAGGCCAGUACGACAUCCGGACGUUAUUAUCGGACGAGAGUCGCGACGAAUUCGCGACGACAAAAAAACCGGACUACCCCUACGAGUACGGACCUAACUCGUUGCCGCACGUCGACCACAUCUCCCUAGUUAACGAAUACCCAAAAAACUACAACACCAAGUUUCACACCCGAUACAACCAUGAUAUAUUCUCCCAGAAGACACCACUGCAGCCGCCGACUUCCAACGACCCGUCACCGUACAACUUAAACACGUUUCAAUCGGCGAAUUUCUCCAAGUUCGGUUUCCAUGGACAUUCUCCGAGCGCUCACUGGAGCCACGGUGGGAAUAUCUAUGACGACUAUAACAAGAAAAUAUUCAGACAGAACUCACCCGCGGACCUCGGCUACAAUAAUUUCUUUGAGGGUCAAAAUUUUUAUCCAAACUACGAAACCGAUGAGUGGUUCAGACAAGCCUCCGGCGCCGUGACGCGGUAUAACCCAAACGAGUGGUGGAAAUACGUCUCACCGUCGUCUCGCGCUGAUGUGACUGUGGAACGCUCCGUGACGUUUCCGACCAGGACCACGACCCUCAAGAAGCGGAGGAAGAGGAACGCUGAUCUCGUCAAAGCUGCUGCCAAGAAACCUCUAACCGGCACCGAAGCAUUGAGAAUUGCUCUAGGAUUGGCUAGCGCAGAGACAUCUGCCGAGCGACCGCGAAGACAGGCUGUAAAUGCUCAAGAACUCUGCAGCGUGCGUACAGAGUACAUCACACCUCGAGCAGCUCUCAACAACAAAGGGAGCUGGAAAUACGUAGUUAACAUGCCUGAUAAUAUGACACAACUAGUACGGGCUGAGAUUUGCACAUCUACAACAUGCAGUGGCUUGUGCACGAUCCCUUCUGGAUACACUUCCCGAUGCGAACAAAAAUACAUUCAAAAACGUCUGGUGGCUCUGCAAUCAAGCGGACAGAAUUUAUACACGGAUAUAUUUUGGAUUCCUAGCUGUUGUCAGUGUAGCAUUAUACCUAAUAAUUAAAUAAACAUUCCUACAUUACUUGCAUUGCUUCAAUUGUAAAGAUAGACAACGAAAACAAAUUGAAAAUAGUAUUGCUUCCUGACACUAGAUGACGCUAUUAUUUCAAUAAUUUCACUGCCUUAAAUUUAAGUUUAUUUUAACUAUCCUAUUGUCCUACAGGCAAAGUAUUAUAAUUUGUAAAUUUAACAAGUUACUAUAAGUAAAUUUAAUUUGUAAUUUUCCUUAUUCAUGUAAAUAGUAGCCUAAGUGUUAAAAUAUAUUGCC